UCGAAAAGAGAGGGCCCUUACUUAAGAUGGCGGUCGAACGGACCUCAGUCGAAAUGGCAGCCAGCGAGAAACAGUGCCCUCAACCAAAAUGGCGGCCAAUGAAAAGAGACGCUCAUCCCCCGCGGCGGCGGCGGCGGCGGCGGCCGGGACCGAUCAGAGCCGCUCGACCUUGUCAGCGAACGGCGUCUCCGAGGGCGAGGCGGAGUUCCUCCUGCAGUCCGGCGUGACCGACAUGGUGCGAGAGGCUCUCCUCAAAGUGCUCGAAGCCCGGCCGGAGAAACCCGUCGAUUUCCUAGCCGGCUACUUCGAGAAGCUGACGCAGAGUAGCCCGGAGGCGGCGACGGAGGCCUUGUCGGACGGCGGGGACCCCCAGCGGCAACUGUGUCUCGACCGGGCCUUGUGGUAUCUGGGCCUGGCCCACCAUUCCCACAGGACGGCCUUUAACAACAACGUCCACUCCGCCUACGAUGCUCUCAGUGCUAAGGGGAAGGGCAAGAAACCCGGCGUGGACGGGAAGACCUACAGCGAGCUGCUGCGACUGCUGUGCCAAGAGAGGGGCGCCUCCGACGAGACCUUGCAGCCCCUCCUGCAGAAGGUCUCGUGCCGGGACCACGAAGUGGUACCCUUCGACAUCUUCCGUUACGGCGUCCUCACCUGCCUGAUCCUUCUCGAGUUCUUGACCAAGGCCGACGGUCUCUACGAUGCCCUCGACGACGGCUCGGGAGCCGCCGAUAAAAGGGUCUGCACGGCCGUGCUGGGCACCCUGGAAGAUGCCCUCCACAUAACCGACGUCUCGCCUCCCAUCCGUUGCUUGGAAGCCGGUUCCAAGCUCAGGCCAGACUGCUUGGCGAUGGCGAUGGACCAGGCGCUGUUGGAGAGGAAAGCCAGCGCGGCCAUGAAGAAGGACGAGUUCCUCAAGAGGGCUUCCUCCAUCUUUGUUACCAGAGUGAAGUCCGUUCACUGAGUCCCCGCAGGGAGAGGAGGUGUGGUUUUCUCUGGCUUUCCUGAGUGCCAGAGAUCUGUGAUACUACAAGGGUGCAAAUGGACACGGACUUGGUCUGUUUUGGGGGGUGCAGGCAAGGGGGAUCCCCAGAAUCGGUUUGCUUUCUUCAGUUCAGCAGGGCAGCUCCCCUCUAAGGCGGCGGUGGCGAAAUAUGGCUCCUUUAGGACCUGUGGACUUCAACUCCCAGAAUU